AUGGUCCCUGGGGUCAUGAAGAGGCGGACCCACCUGAACGGCACUGUGGUCAGGGGGCCUUGUGUGUGUCAGGGACUGUCAUCCUCUGUACCCCCCCCCUCCAUGGUUCUCUGCCUUUGUGGCGGCUCGUGCCCUUGGCACCGGGGCUCUGGGCCCCUCUUCGGGCACCUCCGUGGCCCCUCAGCCCGUCAGCCGUGGCCACAGUCAGGCCUGGCUCGUGGGAGUGGGGAAGGCCAUGGGCAGAUCCUCCAGCGUUUCCCGGAGAAGGAUUGGGAGGAUAACCCGUUUCCCCAAGGAAUUGAGCUGUUCUGCCAGCCGAGUGGGUGGCAGUUGUGCCCUGAGCGGAACCCGCCGACCUUCUUCAUUGCUGUUCUCACUGACAUCAACUCAGAGCGGCAUUACUGUGCCUGCCUGACCUUCUGGGAGCCUGUGGAGCCCUCCCAGGCCCCAGCAUGCAGUGGAGAGGAAGAGGAGGAGGCUGGAGAGAGGGCUUCACCUUCAGCCCUGGUGCCCCCAACCCAGCUGUUUGCCCCAAAGACCCUGGUGCUGGUGUCCCGGCUGGACCAUGCCGAGGUGUUCCGGAACAGCCUCGGUCUCAUCUAUACGAUCCACGUGGAGGGACUGAGCGUGUCCCUGGAGAACGUCAUCGGCAACCUGCUCACUUGCACCAUUCCCAUCACCGGGGGCUCCCAGAGGACCAUCUCCCUGGGCGCCGGUGACCGGCAGGUGAUCCAGACGCCCCUCACGGACUCACUGCCCGUCAGCUGCUGUAGCGUGGCCCUACUCUUCCGACAGCUGGGUAUCACCAACGUGCUGGCUUUGUUCUGUGCCGCUCUCACAGAGCACAAGAUUCUGUUCCUGUCACGGAGUUACCAGCGGCUCACUGAUGCGUGCCGGGGCCUGCUUGCCCUGCUUUUCCCCCUCAGAUACAGCUUUACCUACGUGCCCAUCCUGCCCGCGCAGCUCCUCGAAGUUCUCAGCACCCCCACACCGUUCAUCAUUGGCGUCAACUCCCUGUUCCAGGCAGAGACCCAGGAGCUGCUCGACGUGAUCAUCGCUGAUUUGGAUGGGGGGACGGUCACUGUCCCAGAAUGUGUGCACAUCCCCCCGCUCCCUGAGCCCCUGCACAGCCAGACUCACAGUGCCCUCUGCAUGGUCCUGGACCCUGAGCUGGAGCGCGCUGACCUGGCCUUUCCUCCCCCGGCCACCUCCACCUCUUCCUUGAAGAUGCAGGACAAGGAGCUCCGGGCUGUGUUCCUGCGUCUCUUUGCUCAGCUGCUCCAAGGCUAUCGCUGGUGCCUGCACAUAGUGCGCAUUCAUCCUGAGCCCGUGAUCCGCUUCCACAAGGCCGCGUUCCUGGGCCAGCGGGGCCUGGUGGAGGAUGACUUCUUGCUGAAGGUGCUGGAGGGCAUGGCCUUCGCGGGCUUCGUGUCGGAACGGGGCGUCCCCUAUCGGACCACGGACCUGUUCGAUGAGCUGGUGGCCAACGAGGUGAAGCGGAUGCGGGCCGACGAGAACCAGCCACACCGCGUCCUGCGCCACGUGAAGGAGCUCGCGGAGCAGCUGUACAAGAAUGAGAACCCGUACCCCGCCGUGACGAUGCACAAAGUACAGAGGCCUGGGGAGGGCAGCCACCUGCGGCGGGUGCCGCCACGCCCCUUCCCGCGCCUGGAUGAGAGCACCGUGCAGUGGAUUAUCGACCAGGCCACCGCCAAGCUGCAGGGCGCGCCCCCCGCCGUGCGGGCCGAGAAGAAGGCCACUGUGCCCUCGGGACCCCCCAUGGCUGCCAUCGUUGAGCGCAAUGGUGCCGUCCACGCCAACAGCGCCCGGCGGCUCGAGGUCGUCCGAAACUGCAUCUCUUACGUCUUUGAGGGGAAAAUGCUGGAGGCCAAGAAGCUGCUUCCCGCCGUGCUGCGGGCUCUGAAGGGCCGGGCCGCCCGCCGCUGCCUCACGCGGGAGCUCCAUCUGCACGUCCAGCAGAACCGCGCCGUCCUGGACCACCAGCAGUUUGACUUUGUGGUGCGCAUGAUGAACUGCUGCCUGCAGGAUUGCACGGCCAUGGACGAGCACGGCAUCGCCGCAGCCCUGCUGCCCCUGGUCACCGCCUUCUGUAGGAAACUGAGCCCUGGGGUGACACAGUUUGCGUAUAGCUGCGUCCAGGAACACAUGGUGUGGAGCACCCCCCAGUUCUGGGAGGCCAUGUUCUAUGGGGACGUGCAGACGCACAUCCGUGCCCUCUACUUGGAGCCCACGGAGGAGGAGGAUGGCCCUUCAGCUAAGGGGGAGGUGGGCCCCACCGAGGUCGGCGCCCCAGGGGAGGAGGACGAGGAGGAGGAGAGGUCAGCUCUGGACGUGGCCUCGGAGCAGCGGCGCUUGUGGCCCACGCUGGGCCGGGACAAGCAGCAGGAGCUGGUGCAGAAGGAGGAGAGCACCGUGUUCAGCCAGGCCAUCCACUACGCCAACCGCAUGAGCUACCUCCUGCUGCCCCUGGACAGCAGCAAGAGCCGUCUGCUGCGCGAGCGGGCUGGCCUGGGUGACCUGGAGAGCAUGAGCAACAGCGUGGUCACCAACAGCAUGGCGGGCAGCGUGGCCGAGAGUUACGACACAGAGAGCGGCUUCGAGGACGCCGAGACGUCGGAUGUGGCCGGGGCCGUGGUGCGCUUCAUCAACCGCUUUGUGGACAAGGUGUGCACCGAGAGCGGCGUCACCAGUGAGCACCUGAAGGGGCUGCACGUCAUGGUGCCAGACAUCGUCCAGAUGCACAUCGAGACCUUGGAGGCCGUGCACCGUGAGAGCAAGAGGCUGCCUCCUAUCCAGAAGCCCAAGCUGCUGCGGCCCAGCCUGCUCCCGGGAGAGGAGUGCGUACUGGACGGCCUCCGGGUCUACCUUCUGCCCGACGGCCGGGAGGAGGGCUCCGGGGGCAGCGUCGGGGGGCCGGCCCUCCUGCCCGCCGAGGGGGCCGUCUUUCUCACCACCUACCGGGUCAUCUUCACCGGGAUGCCCACGGAUCCCCUGGUGGGGGAACAGGUUGUCGUCCGGUCCUUCCCAGUGGCCUCCCUCACCAAGGAGAAGCGAAUCAGCGUCCAGGCGCACGUGGACCAGUUCCUGCAGGACGGGCUGCAGCUUCGCUCGUGUACAUUCCAGCUACUGAAGAUGGCGUUUGACGAGGAGGUGGGCUCUGAGAGCGCCGAAGUCUUCCGGAAACACCUGCACAAACUACGCUACCCGCCAGACGUCAAGGGGACGUUUGCCUUCACUGCCGGCUCCAUUCAUACGACCGGCCGGCAGCCCCGCACGGCCAAGGAGAAGAGCCCCUCCCUGAGGACCCUGUCACGGAACCUAGUGAAGAAUGCCAAAAGGACAAUUAGUCGCCAGUAUGUUACUCGGAAAAAGUACAAUCCGCCCAGCUGGGAGCAGCGGGGUCAGCCUGUGCCCCCUGAGGACCAGGAGGAUGAGAUCUCAGUGUCCGAGGAGCUGGAGCCCAGCACGCUGACACCCGCCUCAGCGCUGAAGCCCUCCGAUAGGCUGACCAUGAACAGCCUCGUGGAACGGGCCUGCUGCCGAGACUACCAGCGCCUGGGCCUGGGCACCCUGAGCAGCAGCCUGAGCCGUGCCAAGUCUGAGCCCUUCCGGGUCACGCCCGUCAACCGGAUGUAUGCCAUCUGCCGCAGCUACCCGGGGCUGCUGAUCGUACCCCAGAGCGUCCAGGACAACACCCUGCAGCGCAUCUCUCGCUGUUACCGUCAGAACCGCUUCCCCGUCGUGUGCUGGCGGAGCAGCCGUUCGAAGGCGGUCCUGCUGCGGUCCGGGGGGCUCCACGGCAAAGGAGUGGUGGGCCUCUUCAAGGCUCAGAACGCACCCUCCCCAGGUCAGUCCCAGGCUGACUCCAGCAGCCUGGAACAGGAGAAGUACCUCCAGGCAGUGGUGAGCUCCAUGCCCCGCCAUGCUGACGCUGCUUCCGGGCGCAACACCCUCAGCGGCUUCUCGUCUAUGCACAUGGCGAGUCACGCACCCAGUCCCAGAGCCAGGGUCACCACUCUGUCCAAUCCCACGACAGCAUCAGUCACCAGACGGACCGCUCCCCGAGGAAAGUGGGGCAGCAUUCGGGCCGGCGGCCGCAGCAGCGGAUCCAGCCUGGGUGUGGAUGUGGGCUCCAGGUUAGCGGGCAAGGACCUGCUGGGACCCCCCCAACCCAACGGGGCACCCUCAGAACCAGGCUUCCUGCGUCCCCAGCGUGCGGCCCUCUACAUCAUUGGUGACAAGGCCCAGCUCAAGGGCGUGAGGCCAGACCCCCUCCAACAGUGGGAACUGGUGCCCAUCGAGGUGUUUGAAGUGAGGCAGGUCAAAGCGAGCUUCAAGAAGCUUCUGAAGGCAUGUGUCCCCGGCUGCCCCGCAGGGGAGCAGAGCCCGACCUACCUGCGUUCACUGGAGGAGUCCGAGUGGCUGAGCCAGAUUCACAAGCUGCUGCAGGUGUCCGUGCUGGUGGUCGAGCUGCUGGACUCGGGGUCCUCUGUCCUUGUGAGCCUGGAAGAUGGGUGGGACAUUACCACACAGGUGGUGUCCUUAGUGCAGCUGCUCUCAGACCCCUACUACCGCACCCUGGAGGGCUUCCGGCUGCUGGUGGAGAAGGAGUGGCUCUCCUUUGGCCAUCGCUUCACACACCGGGGGGCCCACACGCUGGCGGCGCAGAGCAGCGGCUUCGCCCCCAUCUUCCUGCAGUUCUUGGACUGCGUGCACCAGGUGCACUCACAGUUCCCCAUGGAGUUUGAGUUCAGCCAGUACUACCUCAAGUUCCUCAGCUAUCACCACGUGUCCCACCGCUUCCGCACCUUCCUCUUGGACUCAGACUAUGAGCGCAUCGAGCUGGGCCUGCUGUAUGAGGAGAAGGGUGAGCGGAAGAGCCAGGCGUGCAAAUCCGUGUGGGAGUAUGUAGAGAGGCUGAGCAAGAAGACGCCCGUGUUCUAUAACUACAUGUAUGCCCCUGAAGACACGGAGGUGCUGCGUCCCUACAGCAACGUGUCCAACCUGAAGGUGUGGGAUUUCUAUACGCGGGAGACGCUGGCUGAGGGCCCCCCGUAUGACUGGGAGCUGGCCCAGGGGCCCCCCGAGGCCCUGGAGGAGGAGCGGCCUGAUGGCGGUGCCCCCCAGAGUCGGCGGCGGGUCAUCUGGCCGUGCUACGACAGCCGCCUGCGGGCCCAGCCUGACGCCAUCUCACGCCUGCUAGAGGAGCUGCAGCGACUGGAGGCAGAGCUGGGCCGGCCUUCGGAGCGCUGGAAGGACACGUGGGACCGAGUGAAGGCUGCCCAGCGCAGUGAGGCCCGACAGGAUGGGCGGAGCACACCCAGCUCCCUGCUGAUGUCCAGCGUGUCCCAUCACCGGCGCUCGCUCGGGGUUUACUUGCAGGAGGGGCCCGUGGGCUCCACACUUAGCCUCAGCCUCGACAGUGACCAGAGCAGCAGCUCCACGCCCUCCAGUGGCCGGCAGGCCGCCCGCCGAAGUACCAGCACGUUGUACAGCCAGUUUCAGACUGCCGAGAGUGAGAACAGGUCCUACGAGGGCACCCUCUACAAGAAGGGCGCCUUCAUGAAGCCUUGGAAGGCCCGAUGGUUCGUGUUGGACAAGACGAAGCACCAGCUGCGCUACUAUGAUCACCGGGUGGACACCGAGUGCAAAGGGGUCAUCGACCUGGCCGAAGUGGAGUCCGUCACUCCUGGAACCCCCACCAUGGGCGCCCCCAAGACCGUGGAUGAGAAGGCCUUCUUCGAUGUAUGGCCCUGUGGGUGGAUCGGCUCCAGAGCUGCCUGUCGGACGCCUGAGCCCGCCGGGGACCCUAGAGCUCCUGGCCUGCUAGGGUUGGACGCCAGCUUCCAGUCGCUACAAACCACUAUGGGGGUCCAGGGGGGCAGGGCCAUCCAGUCUGCCCUUUGUUUACAGGCCCAGCCCUCCCGGGGCAUCCGACAGUAUUGGGGUUCUGCACCAGUGUGGGGGCCCCCGCCCACCCCCAGCCUCAGCACUUGA